AUGUUGUGGCAGUCGGUCUACCUGUUCGUCGUGGCGUCCGCCGUGGUCAGCUCAAGCCCGAUCCUCUCCAGCGGAGAUCAGGAGGAGAGCAGCAGCAUACGCAAACCCCGGCAUAUUGGAGGCUUUGGCGGAGGCGGAAUCAUUGGAGGUGGCAUCAUCGGAGGAGGAGGAGCUGUAGCUGCUGCCCCGGCUCCCAUUAUAGCAGCACCCAUUCCCGUGGUGUCCACAGUUCCAGUGAUCACCACUGUUCCAGUGGUUUCCAGCAUUUCCACCGUCCAGACAAUUCCCAGCUAUGGGUAUGGCUAUGGUGGUGGCUACCCAGGAUAUGGCUAUCCCGCAGCUGGUGGACUGGGAGGACUAGGUGGUCUUGGAGGAAUCGGAAGCGGCGGUGGCUUCGUGGGCGGCGCUGUGGGUUUUGCCAAAUUCAAAGGCGGCUUCCUGGGCUAAAAAAAAAUCUGUAUCUGAAUCUGUGUA